GCGACUGCCACUUGCUUUCCUCCUGCGAGCUGUCCUACGGUAUUCUCUCCGAUCCUCAGUAUCCAGCGCCCACGGACCGCAGUCUUUGAUACACACUUCACGCCCAGCCUCUCCGCUAUUUUGCGGGUGGAACCAUUGUUAGCAAAGUUUGCCAGGCCACUCCGAGUUGUAGAAGCGACGCGGCAUAGACCCGCAUAAUUUCCCGGGCCUUCAUAGAAGGUACAGCACGUCGAUCCGCAAAACACCCUUCAGGCCGCACUCGCCAUGGCUACCGCCAACGGGUCUAUGCUGACCUCGGCACCACCGAACCGUGCCUCACCCGUCCCCAACCAAGCGAACCUUCCCAAUGGCAAGCCUGCGGCGCCGUUGGUGCAGACUAGUAACAUGAUGCCAAACGGAGGCAGCCAGCCAAUCCCGCAGACCGUGACCUCGAAGGACCCCAAAGCGGCAGCACAGGCAGCGACGGAUAUGAAGAAUAUUGUGCGUAGGAAGCUAACCGGUUACGUCGGCUUUGCCAACCUGCCGAAUCAAUGGCACCGAAAAAGUGUGCGGAAAGGCUUCAACUUCAACGUUAUGGUUGUUGGUGAAUCCGGCCUCGGCAAGUCGACGUUGGUGAACACUCUCUUCAACACCUCGCUAUACCCACCAAAGGAGCGCAAGCAGCCGUCACUCGAUUUCGCUCCCAAGACCGUGAGCAUACAAAGCAUCGCCGCCGACAUCGAAGAGAAUGGCGUCCGCUUACGCCUGACUGUUGUCGACACGCCUGGCUUCGGCGAUUUUGUGAACAAUGACGACUCGUGGCGACCAAUCGUGGACAACAUCGAGCAGCGCUUCGAUGCCUACCUUGACGCCGAGAACAAGGUCAACCGCAUGAAUAUUGUCGACAACCGGGUACACGCGUGUGUUUACUUCAUUCAGCCCACCGGCCACUCGUUGAAGCCUCUUGAUGUGGAAGUCAUGCGCAGACUGCACACCAAAGUCAAUCUUAUUCCAGUCAUUGCUAAGGCGGACACGCUUACUGAUGACGAGAUUGCUGCCUUCAAGCAACGUAUCCUUACCGAUAUCCAAUACCACAACAUCCACAUCUUCGAAGCACCCCGAUACGAACUGGACGACGAAGAGACGAUCGCCGAAAACAACGAGAUCCUCUCAAAGGUCCCUUUCGCCGUCGUCGGCGCCAACACCGAAGUACCGACGCCGGAAGGCCGCAAAGUCCGCGGACGUCGUUACCCUUGGGGCGUCAUCGAGGUUGACAACGAAGAGCACUGCGACUUCGUCAAACUCCGCCAGAUGCUCAUCCGCACGCACAUGGAAGAGCUGAAGGAGCACACGAACAACUUCCUGUACGAGAACUACCGCUCGGACAAGCUCGCGCAGAUGGGCGUCGCGCAGGAUCCCAGCGUCUUCAAGGAGGUCAACCCGGCGGUCAAGCAGGAGGAGGAGCGGUCUCUGCACGAGCAGAAGUUGGCGAAGAUGGAGCUGGAGAUGAAGAUGGUGUUCCAACAGAAGGUGCAGGAGAAGGAGAGCAAGUUGAAGCAGUCGGAGGAGGAGCUUUACGCGCGGCACAGGGAGAUGAAGGAGCAGCUGGAUAAGCAGCGCGUUGAGUUGGAGGAGAAGAAGUCGAGGAUCGAGAGUGGACGGCCAGUGGAUGAGAAGAGUAGGAAGAAGGGCGGGUUCUCGCUUAGGGGCUAAUGCCUGCAGCACCUCACUUCUAAUGACUUUUGAUCGGGAUGCGCGGUCAGAAAUACAGGAUGGCGCGAAUGUGGUGGGUGAUCUGAAGUGGUUGAGAGAGCGGGCAAGCAGCACACCGCGGCAUGCAGUCCGCCAUCUCAGUCCGCCGGCACAGCGUACAUCGACACGGCAAGGAAAUGGGAGUAUGGUGGCAAUCAGAGUGGGUAUACUAAUGUGGCCAGAUGUAAUCACAACAAGGAAGAUGCCGCCUUCUGUGAAGGUGCUUCUUCUGCUGCAAACCUGUGUUCCUAGAUCGAGUGGGGAAGGAAUGGUUGAAAGUUGUGAUACCACCAGCGCUUGCUACUAUCUUGUUAUUAUGGCGCGAUGUUACAUGGUUUAGCUGCUUGCCGU